GCGCGUGCACUUUUCAGCACCAAUACCUCGUGGAUAGCAGCCAAACGCAGCACACACAGAGUAGCAGUGUUGUGGGUUAGCUUCACUUUAUCGUGAUAAACCGAGGACUUGGCGCUCAGUGAUCACGGGAAAAAACAAAAAAACUUAACCCAGUGCCGAGGCGGAGAGCGGAAACACAGAGAGGCGCAGCUUGAGCUUUUUUUUCCCUUUUUUUUGUUCGCUCCGGCGGCAAGAGCUGCAUUGAAAGAGACAAGUUUUGGUGCGGGUGAUAUUACCGUUAUCUUCCCUUUUUUUCUGUGUCGAAUUCGCUCGGUUCAGCUGAACUGGAGGACUAAAUGGCUAGAGGCGACGGGAAAAAGAGGUGAUUAAGAAGCUCGUUCGGUCCCUCGCCGGUUCGGUCCAGACAGCGGUUGAAGCACUGCGGUCGGUCGUGUUUUUAGCCACAUCACAGCCCGCUCGCACCGCUAGCCGCCGAGCUCUUCAUUGUGUGAGCAUCUCGUGCUACUCCGCUGCCGCCCGAACCCCGGAGCCCGCGCGCUGCCCACCGCACACCUGCCGCCCCCACAGCUGCGGAUUUUUUCUUCUCUUCCCCCCUCUUUUUUGUUUGAAGAACUUUCCAAUCCAAAAAGAAAAGAAGAAAAAAUGUGUUCUCGGGUUUGGUUCGUGACCGACCGGCGCAUCCACCAGGAGUACCCACAAGUUCAGAUCCUCCGGGCGCUGAAGGAGCGCUGCGCCGACGAGGAUGUUGAAUUCCGCUCCCUGCUCAUGGAUCAAAUCGUGCUGACGAUCAGCGAGGGGCAGUUAGGUCUGCGAGUGGAGCAGGAACUGGUGACGUCUUACCCCCAGGUGGUGGUGGUGCGGGUCCCCACGCCAUGGGUCCAGUCGGAUAGUGACAUCACUGUGCUGCGCCACCUGGAAAAGAUGGGCUGUCGGCUGAUCAACCGGCCCCAGGCCAUACUCAACUGUGUCAACAAGUUCUGGACCUUUCAGGAACUAGCAGGCCAUGGGGUGCCUCUUCCUGACACCUUCUCCUACGGAGGGCACGACAACUUUCGUAAGAUGAUUGACGAGGCAGAGCCGCUCGGCUACCCAGUGGUGGUGAAGAACGCACGUGGCCACAGAGGCAAGGCUGUGUUCCUGGCACGGGACAAACACCACCUGACAGAUCUGUGCCACUUGAUCCGCCAUGAUACCCCCUACCUGUUCCAGGAGUACGUCAAGGAGUCGCAUGGCCGUGACGUGCGGGUGGUGCUGGUGGGCGGCCGUGUCAUCGGCUCCAUGCUGCGCUGCUCCACCGACGGUCGCAUGCAGAGCAACUGCUCCCUGGGUGGUGUGGGUAUGAUGUGCCCCCUUAGUGAGCAGGGCAAGCAGCUGGCCAUAGAGGUGUCCAACAUCCUCGGCAUGGACGUGUGCGGCAUUGACCUCCUGCAGCUCAACGACGGCUCCUUUGUGGUCUGCGAGGCCAACGCCAACGUUGGUUUCAUCGCCUUCGACCAGGCCUGUGGCAUGGACGUGGCUGGCAUCGUCGCCGACUACGCCCUGUCCAUGCUCCCCAGCCGCCUCACCCGCAAGAUGUCCCUGCUGUCCGUCGUGUCGAGCACCAGCGAGACCAGCAGCGAGCCCGAGGUGUGCACCGUUUCGGCCAGCGGAGGCUCGCUGCCCGAGGCCGUCUGCAACAUGAGCAUGGGUUCCACCUCCAGUGAGAGCGACCCGGAGCUGGCCGAGCCCUCCCAGUCAUCGCCCCGUCAGUCCGCAGUCCCCACUCUGCCCGGCCUCCCCGAUCCAGCCUACAACUUCAACGCCCUCCUCGCCAAUGAGAUCAAGUUAUUGACUGAGUGAGAUCCAAGCCGCUUCAUGCACACACAAACACGACAAAUGCAUAUUUAAAACCACACACGCUCACCUGUACGGAUGGCAACAAACAUUCCUUUUAAAACACAUAUCAGUCCAAAAACUAUCAAUACAUGAGAUGUUAAAAAGGAGCAGAGAAAAACAGAACACACAUACUGACACAAACACCAAAACAUGAGCCUUCUCCUACUUCAAAAAAAAAACUAAAAGAUCUGAGGCUGCUCCCCUGACUCUCCUCUCUUUGCACCUCUAUUCCCAAACUACGAAUCCCACUAUCAGGAUAGUGAGAGUGGGAUACAAUACAUGAGAUAAUUGGCUUCUAUUAGUUUCUAUUUGCUAUUCUUUGGGUGGGUGAAUCCAUACAUCUGCCACGGAGUUAUCCUCACUAUAGCAUUACUUUAAGUAGAAUCUAUGCUGUCAUAGAAGAGGGUUUUCUGCUGAGACUAUAGUCAGGUUUGGUGGAUUGGAGGGGAAAUGAAGUGUUUUAAAAGUUGUUGGGGAGAAGAAUACACCUUCAUGCUAGGCACAUCAUUCUGUCAGUCCCAGUGUAGCAACGGAACAGGAUGGGAAACCGUCCUGCAGCAACUGGAGAUGUACAAACUUAACAAGUAGCAGAUCUGUUUUAGAGUCACACCCUGGAACAUACAAAUGAAUCCAUCACUCCAUUUUUAAUUUCACAUUCCGAGAAAGUAUGCUUGAUUAGCCUUACCGGCGGCAGUAGUCUGAUGCUUUUUAAAAUUCACCAUCAGAUACCUAGCACUUUAUAAUGAACAGAUGCAUUUUUUUCUCACUCGGAUGACAUAUUUAGGAACGACGAGACAGAGUGUGAAAGCCGCGUCUACACCUGCAAGCAAAAUAUACCUCAAAACAGUGACUUUUCACUGCCAUACAAUGACAUAGAUCUUCAGUACAUAUCAGCCUGGAUCCUUGUGGUUUUCUAAUGGCCCUCGACAUGCCAGGUGUUCCUUCCCUUUAUGUCUAGGAGCUGAAACAGUUGUAUGUUAUUGUUUGUUUCUUUUUUAGAUUUUAUGUAAAUACUUAGGUAGCAUACUAGUAUCCAGCCGAUGAAACUGGAACGACUGAAAUAACUGCCAACAUGGACAUUUUCAUAAGCUAUUGUGGACAAAGUAGUUUGAGACUGAAAUUUGGUGCUAACAUUUCUGGAUUUGGUUAGUGACAUGAUUUCUCAGUCAUAAUUAUUUGUAGACUUCUAUUGUUUUCACAUCGUGUCUUUCUUUCUUUCUUUCCUUUUUGAUAAAAAAAAAGUAUCCAAACCCACUAAACAUGUUGGCAUGAUGUACAAAAAAUGGAAACUAUAUUUUUGCAGUCUUCUUGAAUAGAAUGUUACUUUUUCUUUCCUUAGAGAUGAAAGGAGAACAAAAAUCCAGGGAUUUCAGCAGCCAAGACCUUAUUGUUUACAGUUAGUGUUCCUCCUUUGAGUUCCUUCCUGCACACCUUCUGAGAUAACUAUCAUAGUUGUAGGGUAUGCUGGGGUUACUGCCAUUCAUCCAGAAUAACUUACAGCUCUGAUCAAAAGCACAAAUGUAAACCCUAAACUGUUUUGCUGUGAUGUUCGUGAUUUUAGGCCUUUUUCUUUUGAACACAACUCAGGGAAGCAGCCUGGAUCUCAGCCCUGACCCCCAAAGGCGUGACAUAUCCAUCUGAGCUGGAGACAUGUCAAAAAAAGCAAACAUAACACAUACCUACAAGCAGACAAAAAUAUACAUAAACAACAACGAAAAAAAGGUUGUAAACUACAGUAUAAGACAAUGUGGUGUAUACCAUGGUUAACAUGCACUUUUUUUCCUUGCUUGUUUUAUAUCGUUCCUUGUUUUCUUCCUAAUUUAUGGUAUUUUUAAAGAGAAAAAAAGUGGUUUGUGUGCACUAAUAUUGUCUCAAUAAAGUGAAACCGCUGUGAAGCUUGA